CACGUCAACAACAACAACACCACUGUGUUGUGUGGCCUUUGAAAAUACAAACAUGUAAUUGGCGACGAUUCGGGCAAUGGCCCUUCAUCAUAGCGCAAUGAAGAGUCGGGGAGGCUGCUACGCGCAGACUCAAAUUCGUCGACUCGAAGGGGCGCGCGUGUGAAAGUUCGCCUAGCCAAUGGGAAGCGACCGUAGGCGUGGCUUAAUUGGGGAGCUCCGCCCCUCCCCCGUGUGGGCGGGGCGUGGGGGUGGUCAAGUCAACACUGGAGCAGCGCAGCGCACUCAUCCCGCGGGUGGCUCCGUGACCACUCCUCUUGAGACCUCGUCGCCCACCGGAUCAUCAGCAAGGGUGUGUCCGCGAUGAGCUGCUUGGAUGUGAUGUAUCAGGCUUACGGUUCGGCCACUGCUUACCUCUCGUCGCCUGCCGCCUACUCCUACUCUCAUCCCGCCGCACAGCGCCUGACAGUCUAUUCCAAGAUGCAAGAUCACAGCAGGGAGCACCUCUCCACCGGCUCGAGGCUCCAGCUGGGCCAGACUUGCUCCACUCAAGUCGAACUCCAGGACCGAGGUCCGGGCGACUCGGACGGAGGGGCGGGGGAAGGAGGCGGGGGUGGCGACCGUGGUGGUGGUGGUGGUGGAUGUCCCGCAGAAGAGCCGAGGGAGACGGAAUAUCUCACGCCGCGAUGCGUGCUGCUCACCUAUUUCCACGGAGACAUCGCCAGCGUGGUCGACGAACACUUCAGCCGAGCGCUUAGCUCGAGCGGUGGCGGUGGCAGCAGCAGCAGCAGCGGCGGCAGCAUCAGCAGCGGGGCGGGGAGUCCGCCCUUCAGUCCGCCGGCCGCCGCCGCCGCCGCCGCUGCUGGAGACGCCGCCGCUUCUUCGUCGGCCUCCAAGAGUCCGCAGGGCGGGUGGAAAGAGGGCGCAUCACCCAUGAGCUCCCGAAACUUCCCCCCCUCCUUCUGGAGCGGGGCGCACGGCCCGGAGCUCCCGGCCUCUGCGGCCGCGGCGGCCGCAGCAGCGGCGGCGGCUGCGGCUGCGGCCGCCUUCGCCCAGCACGAGUCGCCCUCCCCUUAUGGUGCCGGCGGCGGUCACCCUCACCACCACCCUCACCACCACCACCCUCAUCACCACCCCCAUCACCACCCCCACCACCACCAUCACCACCCGGCGGGCCCUGCCGAGUCGGGCUGGCACUACCACCUGCCCGGCGGCGCCGGGGCUGGGGCAGCAGGAGCGGGGGCAGCCGGAGCCCCCUACGGGCGUACCCCGGGGACGGUCCACGACCUCUACUCGACCCACGCGCACUACGGCUCGCUGCUUGUCCCGGCAGCCGUCCGUGUCCCGCAGGGAGAGCUGGGAAAACACGAGUCGCCCGCCACGCAGCAGCAGCAGCAGCAUCACCACCACCACCACCCGCACCACCACCACCACCACCCGCACCACCACCCGCAUCACCACCACGCGUGGUCAGGACCCUUUCCCACCGGGGUGGACGUGGCGCAAGGGCUCGGCGUGGACACAGGUCUGCAACAUCCGGACAAGAGCAAAGAUCUCUUUUGGUUUUGAGUCGUGAUGUCCACGGACAGGAUGACGAGGACACGAACCGAGCAACCAACUGUCUAACCACUCAACCACCCACCUAACCAGCCACUCGUCCACCCAUUCAUCUCAUCUACCUGAUCACUCAUACAACCAACCAUUCACCCAGCCACUCAACCACCCAUCCACUCAACCACCCAUCCACUCAACCACCCAUCCACUCAACCACCCAUCCACUCAACCACCCAUCCACCCACCGAAUCAGCAAACCAAUCGUCAACCAAACCACGCACCCAACCACAAAUUCAACCAACCAACCGCUCACCCAAUCAACAAAUCACGCAGCCAUUAACCUCUGCCAUCAACCACACAAACACACACCCACGCAAUCUACCUAUUCACCCAUCCAUCCAACCAAUCACCCACUCACCCAAACAGUGAGUCAACCAACUACGCAUCCACCCACCCACGCAACCACUCGCACAACCAGUCAGCCCACUAACCAACCCCACCGUCACGCUUGUCAACACACGGGUAUUGAUGUUGCUGUCUCCCCCCCAGUUCGCCUACGGGGGACACGCGAUGACGUUGCACCGGCAGGGAUGGCACGUGGAGUGAUGAGUGCGUGGUAUGAUGCGGCGAGAGAGAGAGAUGAAGGCAGAGAAGGGUAGAGAGAGAAAGAGAGGGCGAGAUCAACUCUGCACGAGGUUCUCGUCGUCUGCAGAUGAGUCUCUCCUUGGCAGUGACAUCCAGUGAGUUGAUCAUUAUCGUUACGAGCGUCGGGACACAGGGGGGCCUUGCCCCCCGCCCCCGGUGGCCAAAGCAGCGAGUUGGCGGAGGGGGAGGGGGGCGGUGGGGGAAGGGGCCUUGAUAACCACCGUGCGUUAUGUUUUCAACAACAGUGUAAAAGAACAACAACGCUUAUUUAAAAUGCGGUUUGAAUAUUUUUUUUAUGAAAAUGCUUUCAUUUACGUUCCACGUUUUUAUUUAAUUAGAGGGGUAACGUUUGGCUUGCGCAAAUUGCGAGGCAAAUCAAAUAUUGGGGCCCCCCUCCCCUACCUGACCGAUUGAUGAACCCCCCCCCCCCCCCCCGAGCUGAUAAUGUGGUCACUACGUCCACUGGCCCUCAGUCCAUGGGUCCGAGGAGAGAGGCAUCGGUCCGCUGUAAGGUCAGGGCAGUGCAUGGGGUGGGGGGUGCAGGGCUCGGGGUAACUCGCACCGUGUGCCCCCCCCCCCCGACGCCUUCAAACUAAACAAGACAUAUGACAUCUGACACCGUGACGUCGAAGCGCGGCCCACACCCCCCCCCCCGCCCCCCAAGGCGCGGGCCCGGGGCGGUCGCUCCAGAUUCGCCGUACCACAUCUGGGCGGCUCUUGGCGAAGCUCGUUCGCGAACACAUUCAGCCGAUGUCGUUUCUAUACGACGGCCAAUCCGUGUCCCCCCCCCCCCCCACUAUUAAUCUCAAAUGGAUCUCGCAAUGAUUCGCUGCUUAUUGGCCACGCGUGGUAGAGCAAUCGGAGGCGCGUUACAGGUUACCCGCAGCUCGUGUGGUUACCUACCACGAGGGGGGUGGGGGGGGGGGUGGUGCGACACCGGGACCCACGUUAAAGAUCGCAGCAACAAAAACAAAAAGAAGCCCACUUAUUGUGAACUCGACAACAGGUAGUAGUAGUAAUAAUAAUUCGGCUCCGUCGCCCUCCUUCCACUCCACCCCGCCGCUCCCUCCAGAACCCUGGCCCCGUGAGUGGCCCCUUGACCACAACCCCGGGGGGGGGGGGGCGAUGACCGCUACCCCUUAGGGCAUUCCCCAACCGAGGCUCAACUCCCCCCUCCCCCCCCCCCCGGGCUGGCUCGCACACGGCCGAAAAAUACACGACGCGUAUCAGGAGGUGUAUGUACACGUGUAUAUGUAUCGUGGUUCCGCGCUAUUGCUGGAAGAUGCGUAUACGGCAUCUGGUUUGUGUGUGCGCGCGUGUAUGUGGCGUGCAAAUGUUUCAAGGGAGAUGCAAACUCUAAAGUCAACCAGCUCUUUUGCCAUGUGUAGUCUCACGCGCGCGCGCAAGGGUUCGAAUCCGGAGUGGUUCAACCGGGGUUCUCAAGGGUAGCGAGUUGGUCGCAGCCCGGUCACCAAUGAUCGCACAAAUGUUGUUGUGCGGUUUUUGGUUGUUGUUGUUGUUGUCUCCACCGACUUUCGCAAAAGCCUCCAGCUUGCCCGCCUUGGCCGAGCACGUGCGCAGAAGGAGCAACCGCGCUCCGUGCGUGAAUACAGAAAAGGGUCACUUGACGAUGUCGUUCUGUGACCUCCUCUUCCGCGGACCGUUCGCCCGUGCCUUUUUAUUUGACAUGGCUCGACCACCCGGGCCUGGCCACGGCCUCCGUCCAUCCACCUCGUGGCGUCGCUCUGUUCAGCCGCACGAAUAAUACAUUUGAUGCACUUUGCUUAUACUGCGAGACUACCGGACGGCUAACCCAAUUUGUCUCUUGACCCGACGUCGAUAGCAGGCAUGGAACACAGCUUAUGAGAAUAUUAUUUUCAAAAUAUCAGUUUCAAAUAAAUGUACAUUACUGUGUACAUAUUUCCAAAGUCGUGGCCACGACUUGAGCAUGUUGGCACAAUACCGAGAGGAAAGUGGAUACACAUGACGACAUGUGCAGUGGACACGUACGGGGCUAUCUGCCAAUGGAUCGCGAUGAUGAUGAUGGUGGUGGUGGUGGUGGUGAUGAUACAUAUUUCCCUCUGCUAUGCACGUACACUGAACGUCUUUCGCACCGUGCGUAUCCAGUCGCGCUGAUCGGAGGUGCGGGAGAGGCGUUAGAUGUCAUGCACAGAGGUUAGGCUCGCGCGUAAACGUACAAAAAGGGUCACCAUUUCUCGUGGCGCGCUUGCUUGAGAUGCCUUGUCAAACUCAAGAGCGCCAUAAAGAUCAUCGCAUGUCAACCAUUCCGAUGCGCCCCCCCUGCUGUGCAGUCUAGCCUAGGGUCAGCGUGACACGUAUUAAUCUUAAAGGGUGUUUUUUUUGGCGUUGGAACGCGUAAAUAUGUGUCGUUUAAAUCCGCCACCACCCUGCACAGCAAAUUAAUAAGGGUUGUCGCGU